AUGAACAGUUCAACACCAGACUCUUCUAAUACAAAUAAUACCUCGACGGUUCAGGAAAACAUGGGUUCACUUGGAUUCUAUGGUACAGACGAAUAUAGCGCCAUUAUUGUGGCACUUCUUACCGUUGUAAUAGUGUUUGGUGUUUUGGGAAAUUUAGCCGUUAUUGGAACGCUAUUCCAACGCCAGCGAAACCUAAAGACCUCUAGUAACUACUUGAUCAUAAAUAUCGCCGUUUCCGAUCUCUUAGUUGCUGUCAUUAUAGCUCCACUUCGCUUUGUAGAAAUGUACCAUGGCUGGCCGCUCGGGAAUUUCUUGUGUCAUUUCUUAGCGCCUCUGCAAGACGUGAUUGUAUGUGUUUCUGUAGUCACACACACCUUCAUUGCGCUGGAACGAUACCGUGGAAUAGUCCAGCCAUUUAAAGAAAAGCUCACCAUUCAGCGAACAAAGCAAGUUAUUGGAAUCAUUUGGCUAACCUGCUACAUUGCAAGUGGGCUUCCUGUGGCUUUUGUGGUGAAGGAAAGCGUCGAGCGUGGACACCAAGUUUGCAAUAUUUCGUGGCCAUCAGAUCUUUCUCGUCAACUUUUUAUACUUUACCUAGUCAUCAUAUUUGUCUUCAUACCCUUGGUCAUUCAGACGUAUGCCUAUUCACAAAUCGUUAAAGUAGUUAACUUAGAAAUUACAGCUGUCAGGAAAGACGAGUUCGUGGAAAUUCGCGCAGUUAAACUUGCGCAAAGCAGAGCUCGCGUGCUUAAAACGUUAAUCCUGCUUGUUUGCGCAUUCUACAUAUGUUCCAUUCCCCGUGUAUUUACCAUGCUAUUGUGGGAAUUCGGCGGUGGCCUGAAAGAGAACCUCGAUUUCCAUUACGCCAUCACAAUAACUCUGAUUGUGUAUUACCUUAAACACGUGAUCAACCCAUUCAUCAUCUUUGGUACGAGUGCAGAGUUCCGCUAUAAUUGUGGCUACAUGUGUUGUCCACCAAAUGAGUAGGCGGGUUUGUCACAUUCACCACGACCAAAACUAGCGAGUAGCAACUGAUGAAAACCUGCUGAACUUUGGUUUCACUUCUGGAACUACAUUUCAGCGAUAGGCCAGUGGAGCCGGAUAUGCUCGUAGCGUCCAAGAAAUGAAUGAAGGACUCAUGACGAUUUCACGUUUGUGAGAAAAGCAGACUGAACUUAAUUUCUGUUUGCGUUUCCAAUCAGCACAUUCACUAUUUAUUUAGUUAUUGGGAGUUUCCAAAACGUUAGAAUCAGGUCUUGAUAACAAGAUUUAGUUCGGAAUCAUGCAUUUAUUGUAGGAGCAGGCAACAAACUCAUUUAUUGAGCAGCUGAGAUAAUUAGCAAUAUUCAAAUAUAUCUGAAGGAUACAUUGUAUCAGAUAGGGCCAUAGCUUAAUUUAACGUUGAAGAAAAAAAAAACGCUUUCUCUGAAGAAAAAUCGUCAAUUUUUAACAUCCCAGUCUUAAAAUAUGAUAAAUGUCAAUAGCUCUAGAUCGAAAGCGUAUCUACACGGCCAUUACCGUACAACGUACAACAGCUUAUUAAAGCAUCUCGUAUAGCUGCU